AUGACCUGCAUGUGGCAGCGCGGUGCGGUGGCGGUGCCGCGGGCUCUGGCUGCCACUGGCCGGCCCUGCGUCCCCUGCCGCCCCUGCUCCAGGCCGCCGGCGGAGCCCCCGCAGGACCUGGCGGUGCCCAACAGCAGCUGGAGCGAGCCCAUGCGGCGCCACUACCAGCGCCUGCUCGCCAUGACCGCCGACGGCGCCUGGCUGCGGCUGCCCUCCUACCGCCGCGGCAUCCAGCACCUGCCCAAGGGUGUCCCCAGGGCCCCCCGCGGCCAGCUGCCGGGGGACACGCGGCUCUUCCUGCGCGCCAUCGAGGCCGCGGGAGCUGGCUUCGAGUUCGCCAUGUUCCUGAAUGCCACCGAGCGCCGCCUGCUCUGCCUGCUCCAGCCAGGGCCCUACCUGGAGGGGUACCCCGGCCUGAUCCACGGCGGUGCCAUCGCCACCAUCGUCGAUGCCACGCUGGGCAUCUGCGCCCUGGCAGAGGCCGGCAAGGUGGUGACAGCCAACCUGAACAUUGACUACCUGGUUCCUGUCCCGCUGGGCACUGUGCUGCUGGUGGAGGGACACACAGAGAGGACCGAGGGACGGAAGCUCUUCGUCGGGGGCCACGUCCGCAGCGCUGAUGGGGACACAGUGCAUGCCCGGGCCACUGGUGAGGAUGGGGACCCCUUUGGGGACACUUUGGAGAGGGACACACCCAGCCUGACCCUCACCCAUCUCUUCCAGGUAUCUUCAUCCAGCCAGACCCCACCAAGAACCAGCUGCCAGAGUACAGCAGCCAGUAGCCAUCACCAUCGCCACCUCUGUCCCGUGUCCCCUCUGCUCACCCCUGCGUCCCCUCUGGUCACCCCGGUGUCCUUCUUAUCUAUCCCUUCCGGUGACCCCCAAGUCUCCUUGGGCCCUGGUCCCCCCCGUGUCACUCUGUACCCGCCAAUUACCCUUGGGUCACGCCGCUGCCGUGCCCGGGGGCGGUGCCACGGGAGUGGGCGGGCUGUGAUUGGUGGAUGGAGCCGGGUGGGCGGGCCUGUAGAGGUGGGCCGACUAUGA